AUGGCGGCCAAGAUUGAUGACUGGGGCAAUAUCAAGAGAUGGUUCUGUACUAAAAAUGACGCCACACACAAUGAAGAAAAGAUAAGACCAGUAUGGCCAAAAGGUUUGCUGCAGUUAUUUUAGUAUUCCUUUAUCUAUUUUUUAUCUUUGAUUGUUUUCGUUUCACAAAAAGCUUCAAAUUAAAACAAUUAAACAUGGAUGUCCUAAUACAGUUCAAUUGACAAUUGAUGCGUUUCGUGCAACUAUAGUCUGUUCAUAAGACAUAAUACAGAUAUCGAAGGGACUAGACUGAGUUCCGAAAUACUACCUGCUCAAACCAACUUGCAUAACCUCGUACCCGUUGGUAGAGCAGUUGGGUUGCAACGUUUCAGCUUUACUGUAUAUGUAUAUAUCAUCUUGAAUAACUUCACCUGGCUAUACACCUGCAUGCACAAUCAUUAAAUUCUUGAUUACAUUAGUCGCAUUUAGUCGGGUUUAUGUGGGAAUAGAUUGCGAAUACAUGGAGGUGGGAAAAGUGUUGAGAUGCCAGGAAUAAUCAGAAAAUUCACGUUAAAUAUAAAUUAACAUUGCCUACAAGCCUACAUCGACAACAUUUGUGCUUUCCCCCAAUAAUUUCAAUUAUCAGAACUAUACUCCUUAAUUUCUAACUGUGAAGGUUGGUUUACACCGAUCAAAGUUUCUGUGAUGACGGUAGAAUUUUGCAUAGGUAAAUUCUAAGUUGGAAAUUAUUUGUAAGAAAUAUUUGAAAGAAAUGACUCAUUUCAUUGAAACCGGCUCAUUGAAAUUUCAUGGUGUAAAUUAGGGUAAAAAUCUAGGGUUCGACAAAGUCACACGUCCAUGUUUUGACCACUGACAGCUAUUUAGCACGUGUAUAAUCGAAUUUCUCAGUACGUGGCGAUCCCAUAUGGUGAAGACUUUAAUUAAGGUAAGCGAAACUAUAGUAGUAUUAAUUAUGCAUUUAUUUUAUCUGUUUCAACUUUCAGGGACUUACUGCAUCUAUUCUGCUGCAAUCUCCCCUUUUAAAUGUCCAAAGAGUGAAGGAAGAUUGUCGUUCGGAUAUGGAUACUGGGAUAACCAAUACUGGUUGAAUGACAGUGAGAUGAAGGGUGUGUUACCUGGUGGUAAUUUUGUUCGUGGAGGAAGAACUACAAUAUAUUUCUGUUGCCAAGGAAGCCAGGAUCCUAACAUCCCAAUGUCAUUACCAAUUGAUCAACCAUUCUACCUGCUGGCUUUUAAAUCUUCAGUUUGUCAGAAAGUGGAGUGGGCAACAGUUAGUCCAGAAUUCAUUCUUUAUGAUACAUCAGAUUACAGAAAUAGCGAUAAAUUCACACCUUUCUCGCCAUUCAACGCCACAAAACAUGAUCCAAAGAUACAUUACUGUUAUUAUGAAGGUUGGUUUUCUUUAGUAGUAAAUCUAUUUAAUUUGCCUAAACCAAAUUAAAUGAAACUAACUUUAUUUUAUACUGACUGGUCUAUCAGUUCUAAACUGUUCUCCCUAGUAUUAAGUUCAGGAAAUCGUCCCUACCAAACACCUCAGGUGGAUUCCCUGGACUUCAACUAAAGUCAAUGCGCUAACGACACUGUACCACACUUAACUGACGUAGAACUAACAUGAUUUUGCAAAGGUUAAUAUCCUUUUGUGGUUUCCAAAUUGAGUUGACUCACUUGGCGCUCGUGCGCGUUGAACAAGACCGAUCCCCCGGUCACUCGGUCAGUGGACAUCCAAUUUGUCAGCCAAGUAACUGAAGUAUUUGACAUUUGGACCCUUCACCUCCCUUGAUAACAAGCACUACAUGUUAAUGUCGUUGUUUAUAUUUCUGCAUUUCAGGUUGCAACCACACAUUAACUUACGAUAAUGAAACAGAAGUUGAAAUAAACUUUCCAGAAUCACAACAUCUUGACAUAACCAGUCAAUCCUGUUCCUGGAGCAUUAGCUACCCCUCUGACUACAUUAUUUUACUCAACAUCAUAUCACUGGAUAUACCAUCUAACAACUCUGAUCACUGCAAUAUACAGUUCCUGGAAAUAUCUGGUAUAGAAGGAAAUGUAUCAAUUAUCAAGUUAUGUGACAAUUAUCAACAAUAUAAACUUCGUUCUCAGUCUAACUUGGUGUCGAUAGUCCUCAAGCUUGUCAACAACGUCACAAAAACCACAGGAUUUCGUGUCAAUUUUAAAGGCGUCUUAAAUAGAGGUAUUAAAGCAUAA